AUGAAUCCGCCCGGCCUGAAAGAGAUGUAUGUCCACCCGAAGAAGAAGACGAAACUAAUACCGAUCGAACACCGUCAGUUGCGAUCCAAGCCGUGCCAACUCACCUGGGCCGAGGCCAAUCGUGUACACUACUACUGGAACGCGGGGCUCCGGACUGCGUGCUGGGAAUCGCGCAUCGUUCUAACUGAGUAUUACACUCAACUUAGAAAGGCCAAGUCGUCAGCCAAACCAGGAUCGUCACGAAAACCUUCUCCACCCGAGGAGCAUCUCUCAUCAAAAAAUCCUCCUUCGGAAGAGGAGAAGAACAAAAUUGCGCUCAGUCGAGCCACAGCUACCUUACCUGUCAAAUAUGGGAGGGUCUAUCUCGACUGGUGGACGGCAGACAUAGUGUGCUUCCGAUUUCCACAAGAACACAUGGCUGCUUGCGUUUAUUUUAAAUGGAGAGAAUUCCUCACCCGCCUUCCAUUCUUCCAACUUCCUUACGCCUCCGACUUGAAUCUUGCCUUUGAGUUUGAAGAUGGCUGGGAGAAGGGCUUAGGGGAGACCAGGGAGUCAGUCUGUGAACAUCUGUCAGAAGCUUCGACCAGAGGUCUCGUGAUGCGGGCUUGGUGGGACUGGUUGACAGGCAGAAUCCCGAUAUGGACCCGUAUGUACCUGAUCAACCCUCGGAACGACCUUCCCAGACAUCAUCGACUGGCGAACAAUUUCCGGUACUACUACGACGCUGUCUAUGGCGCCAAGUACCCCAGCAGCACCGGGGACCAUCGUGUUUUUUCUGAUGGCGAGAGAAGAUACGUGGAGAGCUAUUGUUGGGAUGAGAAAGGGCCAGAUUUCACAAUAAGUCAGUAUGACUUACCGAUCUGUAGCUUCAUCCUGAAGAUGGAGAGAUUUUGUCGGCCGCUGUAUAAGCAUCCUAUUGAUGACAGUCUUCCUACUUCGUACCAACAUUUUUUCAGAGUGUUACGGCUCCUCCCGACCGACAUGGCACCAGAGAAGGCAUAA